AUGCUACAGCAAUCAGAGCUCAUUUUUGACUUCGCCAGCGACCACAUUAACCUGUCAGGGUUGGGGGUUCGCACUGAUUUCCCUUCCGCGCUUGUAGAGCAGUUUCCACAUCAACACCUGCUCGCAUAUUCAGAUAUUUUGUGUGAAGAGCCACAGGUAGAGGACCACCUGUUGCCUAUAUAUAAAGUGGAGCCAUGUGAAAGUGGAGACGAAGAGAACAUGGAAACACUUGUUGCUGCAGACUCACUUCUUGACAUGGAUUGUCCCGAUACCCUGUCACUGGAGCACUAUUCCCAGACCUUCCUGCCAUCACUGGGCGAAGUUAUCACUGCUCCUGUCACUCAGGUGACUGUGUCCGCAGAAGGGAUUGUCGGGACGGUUGAAAGGCCAGAAUGGCACACAUUGCACACAAAUAAGCCUCCGACACAGCUCCAGUCCAAACAGAGAAGUAGAAAACGACAUCGAAGGACAGAGUCUCCUACUCCUGACAUAAUAGUGAAGCGGGAUAAAUAUAAUAAAGGUGGACACACGCUCUACCUGUGGCAGUUUCUGAUGGAGUUGUUGCAGGACAGAAAGGUCUGCCCCCGUUACAUUAAAUGGACUAAUCCCAAUGAGGGAAUCUUCAAACUGGUCAACUCAAAAGCUGUGGCAAAGCUCUGGGGAAAACACAAGAACAAGCCAGACAUGAAUUAUGAGACCAUGGGCAGAGCGCUUAGGUAUUAUUACCAAAGAGGAAUCCUGAAUAAGGUUGAAGGCCAACGCCUUGUCUACCAGUUCACCACACUCCCCAAAGACAUGAUCUAUAUCACAGAGGGCAAUGGCGUCAAAGAAGAAGAUGAUGAUGACGACAGUACAAAUGACGAAGGAGUAAGUGAUGAUUCUGACGACAGCACAGUUUCUUCCAGUGACCAAUCACUGGAGGACAAAGAUUCCAUCCCACCAAAGGAGACAUCAGUUUGCUCUGUCCAGCGGAUUAGGCCGUCUCGUGACACUGUCCUUCGACCUGCCAGCUCCAGCCUCAUCCAGGAGCAGCAUUUACCUAUUGUGUCUGCUGAGAUGUUGCGCACCCUUCAGAAUUUACAGAAGGUACAGUCUCUCCAGCCGGCAGGUCAUGCCUCUGUCUUCAAAACAGCUCAACUGCUAGGGAGUCUCUGUGAGCAACAGGCGUCUGCUGACAGUAAGGAUGCACUGGAUCCAUGUGAUGGAAAGUCCCAGUCAGGAACCAAAACUUCUCAGGUGGAGGCCUCUAAGCUGUUGUCUCUAAUUGGGUCCAACCAAUAA